AUGUAUAACUCUAAACAGAUCAAAACGCCCUCGUAUAACCGGCUACUUCGUCGCAGCUUCGCUACUCCUGCAACAAAUUCAAACUUUUCGGUUCAUCCCGAGAUAGCUGCACGAACACCACCAUAUGGAAAACUCAUAAAGAACCUCACAGAGGUCCGCCGAGUCCUUGGGACACAAGGACUCACGCUCGCGGAAAAAAUUCUCUACUCCCAUCUCGACAAUGUUGAGGACGCUCUUGGUGGCCGAAAUGGCAAGGUUCGCGGGGAGGCAUACCUGAAACUCAAAGUAGAUCGGGUGGCGAUGCAGGACGCUAGUGCCCAGAUGGCCCUUCUGCAAUUCAUGACUUGUGGCCUUGGAAAGACCGCCGUUCCGGCAUCGAUUCAUUGCGACCACAUGAUUGUUGGAGAGAACGGGGCAGAUGUCGACCUCCCUAGGAGUAUUGAGGGAAAUAAGGAAGUCUUUGAUUUUCUGGGGUCCGCGGCCAAGAAGUUUGGAAUUCAGUUCUGGGCGCCGGGGUCGGGAAUUAUCCACCAGAUUGUGUUGGAAAAUUAUGCGGCGCCCGGGUUGAUGAUGCUCGGGACAGAUUCUCGUGAGCAGAGUUUGACACUAAAUCGAUGGUAUUCCAGCUAGCUGACAAGGCCGGCAGAUACCCCAAAUGGGGGGGGACUUGGAGCAAUUGCCAUUGGUGUUGGUGGCGCCGAUGCGGUUGACGCAUUGGUUGACGCUCCCUGGGAACUUCGUGUAAGACCCCACCACCCGUUGCCACUGAUUAAGCUAAUAAAUUUUUAGGCACCUAAAAUACUUGGGGUUCGCCUGGAAGGUGAAUUGAGUGGAUGGGCAACGCCAAAGGAUGUCAUCCUCAAUCUAGCUGGGCAAUUGACUGUUCGGGUAAGUUCUUACAAACCCCCCAGGAGCAGUGUUUCUUCUGAUCACUCUAUAGGGAGGUACAGGUUACAUUAUAGAAUAUCACGGGCCUGGAGUGGAAACUCUCAGUUGCACGGGCAUGGCUACAAUUUGUAACAUGGGAGCGUGUGUAUCCCCCUUCUGACCUGACCCCAGCUCCUAACGCCCAACCCAGUGAAGUAGGAGCGACCACCUCUUUAUUCCCAUUCACCUCCAAAAUGAUCUCCUACCUAAAUUCUACCCGCCGAGCCCCGAUUGCAGAAGCCGCGGAAGGAACGAACAAGUCCCAUAAUUUCCUCCGUGCGGACACGAACGCAAUCUACGACCAGGUGAUCACAAUCAAUUUAUCAGAACUAGAGCCGCACAUCAACGGGCCCUUCACCCCGGACCUCUCCACACCACUCUCCAAAUUCAAGGAUGCCGUAAAAGAGAAUGAGUGGCCAGAGCAAUUAUCCGCCGGCUUGAUCGGUUCCUGCACCAACAGUUCUUACCAGGACAUGCUGAGGGCUGAAGACCUGGUUAAACAGGCGGAAGCUGCCGGAUUAAAGCCCAAGGUUGAUUUCUUCGUUACUCCAGGAAGUGAGCAGAUUAGGGCUACCCUGGAGCGGGAUGAGACACUGGAUGUUUUCGGGAGGGCUGGUGGAACCGUUUUGGCAAAUGCAUGCGGACCAUGGUACGUUGCACGGGAUAUCACUCGAUGGACCAUGAUUACUAAUCCUUCCAUUCCAGUAUUGGCCAAUGGAAGAGGAACGACAUCUCAAAGGUAUACUCCAGUCAUACCCUCCCAUGCAGGUACAACAGGUGCUAAGCCCGAGACAUAUAGGGUGAUACAAACGCAAUUCUUACCUCGUACAACAGAAAUUUCCGUGCAAGAAACGACGGAAACUCGCAGACAAUGAACUUUCUGGCCUCCCCCGAGGUAUAAUAUACCCCCGCACCUGCUCCCAAACCCCCACCCUGACACCCCGCAGAUCGUAACAGCAAUGAUAUACUCCGGCGAUAUGUCCUUCAACCCAAUAACUGACACGCUCCCCACCCCGUCCGGCCAGUCCUUCAAAUUCAGCGCUCCUUCCGGUUCCGAGCUCCCCUCUCAAGGCUUUGAGCCCGGAAACCUCGCCUUCGUUCCUAGCAACUCCGCACCCUCCCCUUCCACACCCGUCGUUGUCUCCCCAACUUCCUCCCGCCUCGCCCUUCUCGAACCCUUUGAACCAUUCGGCGCCGUUGACUUAAAAGGGUUGAAGGUCCUCCUCAAAAUCAAAGGCAAAUGCACAACAGACCACAUCUCUGCUGCUGGCUCCUGGCUAAAAUACAAGGGCCACCUGGAAAAUAUCUCAAACAACACCUUAAUCGGCGCGAUGAAUGCCGAGACCGGCGAGGUGAACAAAGUGCACGACGCUAAUGGCGACAUCUUAUCCAUCCCAGACCUCGCCCGGCGCUGGAAAGCGCAGGGCGUGUCCUGGCUUGUCGUCGCGGAGAACAACUAUGGCGAAGGAUCAGCCAGGGAGCACGCAGCGCUGCAACCAAGGUACUUGGGCGGGAAGGUCAUCCUAGCGAAGUCGUUCGCGAGAAUUCACGAGGCAAACUUAAAGAAGCAGGGCGUUGUGCCGUUGACAUUUGCCGACGGGGCGGACUACGACUCGAUCGGUUCCUGCGACAGCGUUGACACAGUGGGGCUAUAUGAUAUGUUGGUCAGUGGUGGGGAUGGCGAGGUGUUCCUAGACGUUACGAGGAAAACGGACGGGAGAAGACACAGGAUUCCCGUCAAGCACACUUUUAGCAAGGAUCAGGCCGGGUUCGUGCUUGCUGGGUCGGCGUUGAAUUUGUUAUCCAAGAGGGCGGCUAUAGCU